GGCUCGGGGCGGCGGCGCUCGCAGCAUGGCCCGGGGCCCGGCGCGCCUGCAGUUCCGCGUGCAGCUGCGCUUCGUGACCGAGGAGCAGCUCUUCGGGGCGGGGCCGCUGUCGCCCCCCAGCCCGAAGUGCCUGCGGCUGGAGGUGCACCCGGCGGGGGAGGAGGCGGACGCGACGGUGACCGACGCUGAUGGCGUCUGUGUCUUUAAAUGCUUACUCAACAGAGACACGGAAUGUUGCCGCGUGGGGAAGGAAUCAGUCUUGAUCACUCUGGGAUACAGCAGUGCUCUCUUGAAGUUUGAAUCUCACGCGGAUCUCAGCUCAUUUUCAAAUACCUUGAAAAGCUGCCGGAAUGAGAAAAAGGAGUCCUCGGUGUUCAGCCAGCGGACAGAAGAGGCAUCAGCCGUGCAGUAUUUCCAGUUUUAUGGCUGCAUUUCCCAGCAGCAGAACAUGAUGCAAGAUUUUGUAAGGACAGCCACUUACCACAGAGCCAUCCUCCAGAACCACAUUGACUUUAGAGACAAGAUUGUCCUAGAUGUUGGCUGUGGAUCAGGAAUACUAUCAUUUUUUGCCGUGCAGGCUGGAGCUAGGAGAGUGUAUGCUGUCGAAGCCAGUUCUGUCGCACAGUACGCGGAGAUGCUGGUGAAAAAUAACCACCUUUCAGACAAGAUCAUUGUUUUGCCAGGGAAAAUCGAAGACAUCUCUCUUCCCGAAGCCAUCGAUGUGAUCGUGUCCGAACCGAUGGGGUACAUGCUGUUUAAUGAAAGGAUGUUGGAGAGUUACCUUCAUUCCAAAAAGUGGCUAAAAGCAAAUGGAAUGAUGUUCCCGACCUUCAGCGACAUCCACUUGGCCCCCUUUUCUGACGAACAGCUCUACAUGGAACACUACUCCAGAGCCAACUUUUGGCACCAGCAGUGUUUCUAUGGGGUCAACCUGUCCAGUCUCCGGGGGGCCGCGGUGGACGAGUAUUUCAGGCAGCCGAUAGUGGACACGUUUGACGUUAGGAUUUUGAUGGCUCGGACGGUCAAAUACACGGUAAACUUCAUGGAUGCAGAAGAAGCAGAUCUGCACAGAGUAGAAAUCCCCUUUGUGUUUCAGAUGACACAGUCUGGCCUCAUCCACGGCCUGGCGUUCUGGUUUGACGUGGCCUUUGUUGGAUCUGUGGUAACUGUUUGGCUGUCGACAGCCCCAACUGAGCCUCUGACUCAUUGGUAUCAGGUGCGGUGCCUUCUCCACACUCCCCUCUUUGCCAAAGAAGGAGAGACCCUCUCAGGGAAAGUGCUGUUUGUAGCCAACAGACGACAGAGCUAUGACAUUCAUAUCGUGGCGCUGGUAAACCAGACAGGCUUCAGAUCUGGGAACAUCCUCGAUCUAAAGAAUCCUUUCUUUAGAUCAAAUUCUGAUGGAGGGAAGAGAAAGAUGCAGAAGUGGGUGGAAAGCCAAUUCUGAGAAGUCACCAUGGAAUGUCAGUGGGGAGGAGCCUCUCCCGACGCACAGGGUCUGCAAAAAGUCGUGCGGUUCCAACCACAAAUUCGGCAGAAUAUCACCCACAGCCCCCCACCCAUGUGAACCUCAAAACGGGACUCCCACUGCCUAAUUUCAACAGAGCAAACAGGAGAAAAAACGAAAAGUAAAGGUUAUGUCUUAGUUAUUCCUUCCACUGCAGGUGCGAAUUUGCUGCAAGAAUCAGCAUUUUUUCUUUUUAAAUCAGAUUGAUUUUCCUACACUCCCAUUCACCAGAGGGAGUGAAUGUUUUCAGCUGGUUUAGAAAGUCCUCCCUUGUUCAUGGAUCAGGGAGUCCUCCAAGGCUCUUAGCUGCCUGUAAAAUUGAGGAAGGGGUCCUGUAAUGUUUUAGUUCAUCCUGGCUGCCAAGGAAACGCCCAUUCGCCAAGCCCCAUGACCUUGAAGGGCAGGCCCUUUGGCUCCGCCUCCCCCCACUUUCUGAGAGUCCCACCUUCCCUGACUCCACCUCCACCCCCUUCCGAUCCCAGCCCUCCCAACCCCUGCAGCAGUUCCCCUCCACUUAGGCUCCAUUCUUCCAGGAUCUCCUCUUUUUUAUUUUUUUAUUUUUCUUCUCUUCCUUACCCUCCC